AUUGGUAACGUUUUACUUUUUCCCAUGACCCCUUUCGGGCCUUGUUUUUCUUGAUCCACCUCACGCGAAAAGUCCAUCUUCCACCUAUACAAUACAUGUUCUUUGCAUUUUCUCAUGUCAUUUGCAUAUAUAUAACGUACCCCUUUUAAUUCUUCUUCAAAUUUCAUAGCUUUUACCAUGCUUGGCUUCGUUGCUGAUCAAUUUGCCGCUCCUUCUCAAGCUCCGAAACCAAGGAUGAGGAGAGCAAGAUCAUAUAAUGUUUCCAGUCAAGGACAAGAUGGGUGGACCAUUAGAAAGACCCUAACUUCGUCUGAUGUUGAUAUCACUCAUCCGUUCCUCACUUUGCCUCGUCAACCAGUUGAAAACCAUAUACUUGUGCAUUUGACACAGCUAGAGCGGAAUCAAUUAAAUAAUAGAGAGCAGGUAACUAUUAAUGCUCGAGAUGAGGAUACAGGGGAGAAUCAUGUCAUGAAGUUGAAGUGGCGUGGAAGUUAUUAUAACCUUAUUGGGAAAUGGGGAAAACUUGUUCGAGCUAAGGGACUUGAUGCUGGAAGAGAAAUAAAACUACGCUGGUUAAAUGGAUGCUUACAUUUCUCAGUUCCAACCCUGCAGGUCAUGACAGCAAUACCAAUACAGAUGGUUGCACCACCAAUACAUCGAGAACAGUGGCCUAUUAAAAAGGUUUUAACACUGUCUGAUGUGGAUACUAAUCAUCCGUUCUUACCGCUGGCGCGACGAUCAGUUGAAGAUCAUAUUCUUAUUCAUUGGACUCAGCAGCAAAGAGAACUUUUAAGAAAUGAAGAACAAGUUAAUGUGAAUGCUCUAGACGUUGAUAGUGGGGAAAUGUAUGUUAUGAAAUUGAGGUGGCGUGGAAAUUAUUAUAAUCUUAUCGGGAAAUGGGGAAAAAUAAUUCGGCGUAAGGGACUUGGUGUUGGAAAAGAGAUAAAAAUAUGCUGGGGUAAUGGAUGCUUAAACUUUUCAGUUCCCUACGAACGAAAUGUUGUCGUUCUACCAGGACAGGAACAAUGGCCUAUUAAGAAGGCACUAACUUUAUCUGAUGUAGAUACCAAUCAUCCAUUUCUCACUUUGCCCGGAAAAGCAGUCGAAGAUCAUAUUCUAUAUUACUUGACACUUCAAGCACGCGAGCAGUUGAGAAUCGAACGUCAACUCAAUAUUAAUGCUCGUGAUGAUGACACCGGUGAUCUAUAUAUAAUGAAGUUGAAAUGGCGUGGGAGUUAUUAUAAUCUUAUUGGGAAAUGGGGUCAGAUUAUUAGAGGGAAAAGACUACAGGUCGGAAGAGAGAUAAGAGUGCGCUGGGAUAAUGGGUGCCUAAUCUUCUCAGUUCCAGAAUCAUAGUUGCAUUCAUGGUGUAUAGAUUCAGAUAUUUAAGUGAGCAGAGAUUGAUGUGGUUGCUGUGAAAAUACAAUUUUCAAGAAUAUUGAAUUGCUUCAAGGCAUUCAAAGCUGAGAAAGUAUAUAUAAACUUUUGAUUUAGCUCUCCUAAUUCUACAAAAUACCCCCCCCCCCCCCCCCCCCCCCCAAACGUUGAGCAUUUUAGUUGGAGCAUUCUGUUAAGUUAGAAGCCUUGAACUUAUACAUCAUUACUCCAAUGAAGGUUUUUUUUUAGAUUGUAUAUUCAGUAAACCACCUUCUAAUCUUGAGAAGUGAUAACAUCUCCUCUAGAAAAACAAGAUACCGAGUAGAGAAUCCUAGCACUUUUACAAGGGAUCAAGGGUUGGAACCUGGAGUUGGCGCGGGGCAAUAUAUAAAUUUCUGUAAUUAAAUAGGAAUUUAGGAAUAGCAUGAAAUGGUCCUUUCAUUUAUUCAUUUUGUAAUGCUGAUAUUUUUGGUUCACUUUUGUUACAUAUGGGUCCCUCACUGUUUACUCUGUGCUUUAUGCACCACUAAAGAUUGGGGCUGGUCAUUGAUGUUGGAGAUGCAAGUUGAUGCCUUUAGUCAGUUUUUGGUUCUUGCUUCCCUGAUUCAAUAUCUAGUCUUUGGGAAUUGAAUGGAAAUGGUCCUUUUCUUUGCUUGA